UUUACCGGUACCUAUACCUACCAAUCAAAUCAUUAAAAUUCCAUCAAACAAUUUUGACUGUUUUGUUACAUGGAAAUAUAAUUAAAACACCAUGUGAAAUUAUUGAAUUUAUUGCGUUUUACGUCAAUAAUUUAGCAUUAAAUUUGACAAUUAUAUUACCUUAGCUUUAUAAUCUCAAUAAUGGUGAAAAUCAUAAUGUGGAAUUUGCUUCAAUUGUGUGAAUUUUGAAAAACAUACUAAAAAAAGAUGAUGGCAGCGAUGGCUACAACGGGUCCAGGGGACCCGCACACGCAGAUGAACACAUAUCGCAGCUAUGUAACUAUGUUGGCUGAUCCCGGCGCUAAAGAUGAAAUCAAAUUAAAAGCAGCCCAAGAACUUAGCGAAAAUUUUGAGGUCAUACUGAGUUCACCUCAGUAUCCACAAUUCUUAGACCAUUCAAUCAAAAUAUUUCUCAAAAUAUUACAAGAUGGUGAGCCACAUUUUAUUGCUGAGUACAACAUACAACAAGUUAGAAAACUUAUUUUGGAAAUGAUACAUCGCUUGCCAAUCAGUGAGACUUUAAGACAAUAUGUGAAAAGCAUUCUGAUUUUGAUGCUGAAGUUAAUGGAGAUAGAAAACGAGGAGAAUGUUUUGGUGGCUUUGAAAAUAUUUAUGGAGCUUCAUAAGCAAUACCGGCCUCCAUACAGUACUGAUGUUGAUAUACACAAAUUUCUACAAUGGGUAAAAGGAAUUUACUCUGAUUUGCCUAAUCACCUACCGAAGAUAUUCGAACCAAAACCGACUCUUAGGGUGAAAGACUUGUCAGAAGUCAACAUAGACCAACUCUUACAAGAAACAUAUACUACUACGCCUAUUCACACUGAAAAGAAAUUACUCGAUGGAAGUGUAGUGACUUACAACCUUAUACCAAGAUCUGUACUUUCACUGAAGGUAAUACAAGAGUUGCCAAUAAUAGUAGUUCUCAUGUAUCAACUCUACAAACAGAAUGUUCAUCAGGAAGUCAGUAACUUUAUACCUCUCAUAAUGGAAACCAUUACUCUACAACCAUCACCAGCACAUAGGAAGUCUGCCUCAUUUAAUAAAGAGGUAUUUGUAGAUUUUAUGGGGGCACAAAUUAAGACACUAGCAUUUUUGGCGUAUAUUAUAAGAAUAUAUCAAGAUACUAUUGCAAAUCAUGCUAACCUCAUGGUAAAAGGCAUUAUUGGCUUAUUGACUUUAUGCCCCCCAGAAGUGGCACAUCUGAGAAAAGAGCUAGUGAUUGCAACACGUCACAUUCUUGCCACGGAUCUGAGACUGAAAUUUGUGCCCUAUAUGGAGCGACUCUUUGAUGAAGAUGUUUUAUUAGGAGGAGGUUGGACUGUUCAUGAAUCUCUACGCCCACUAGCAUAUUCCACAUUAGCUGACUUAGUACACCAUGUACGGCAACAUCUGCCAUUGACCGAUCUCGCGAUUGCAGCACAUUUAUUUUCCAAGAAUGUUCAUGAUGAGUCAUUACCAACAAGUAUCCAAACUAUGUCAUGCAAAUUACUGCUAAAUUUAGUAGAUUGCAUAAGGCAACGCUCUGAGGGUGAAGGUUCCACAACCACAGCAACUCAGCCUCAAGGGCGACAUCUUCUCAUGCGCAUCUUGGAAGUCUUCGUAUUGAAGUUCAAAACUAUUUCAAAACUACAGCUACCUGCGCUUAUGGCCAAAUGUAAACCAGCUACACCGCCACAAAAUUGCACUAACGGUGCAAUUCCUGGCACGCCCACAACAGCGGGGGCUCCAACGAACACAACUACUGCUGAAGUAAAAGUUGAGGAGGAAAAGCCAUCCCCAGAUUUCCUUGAUAAUAUUGCUAAAUCUGAGGAAAGAUCAAAAAUUGGUUUUCCAUCAUCACAGAUGAACAAUUUAAACGUCGGAGACUAUAGAACUUUAGUAAAAACUUUGGUUUGUGGUGUGAAGACUAUAACUUGGGGUUGUGCUUCGUGUAAACAAACUAGUACGGGUGAAGGGUCGUCCACGGCAAAUAUAACAGGACAGAAGCAGUUCAGUGCACGAGAAACUUUAGUGUUCAUCAGGCUCGUUAGGUGGGGCCUCCAGUCCCUCGACAUAUACACGCUGGCGGCGCCGCGCGCGCCCGCACAGCCGCCCGCGCAGCCGCACGUGCGCUCCAAGGAAGAGAAGGAAGUACUGGAGCACUUCAGUGGCGUGUUUUCAAUGAUGAACCCUCAAACGUUUCAAGAAAUUUUCACGGCAACCAUUUCACACAUGGUCGAAAGAAUCAACAAGAAUACCACAUUGCAGAUCAUAGCAAAUACUUUUCUGUCAAAUCCGGCCACGUCCCCGAUCUUUGCAACGGUUCUCGUUGAAUAUCUACUGAAAAGAAUGGAGGAGAUGGGGACUAAUGUAGAGAGAUCUAAUUUAUAUCUCAGAUUAUUUAAAUUAGUAUUUGGAUCAGUUAGCCUGUUCCCAACGGAGAAUGAGCAGAUGCUGAGACCCCACUUACACAGCAUCGUAAACAAGGCGAUGGACUAUGCGAUGACGGCCAAAGAACCUUAUAAUUAUUUCCUACUUUUGAGAGCCCUGUUCCGAUCUAUUGGCGGCGGGAGCCAUGACUUGCUUUACCAAGAAUUCUUACCCCUAUUACCGAAUUUACUUGAAGGCUUAAAUCGCUUACAAAGUGGUCUGCACAAGCAACACAUGAAAGAUCUAUUUGUAGAAUUGUGUCUGACCGUACCCGUCCGAUUGAGCAGUUUGUUACCAUAUUUACCAAUGCUGAUGGAUCCGUUGGUUUCUGCUUUGAACGGUUCUCAUACAUUAAUAUCACAAGGUCUGCGCACUCUCGAACUUUGCGUAGACAAUUUACAACCCGACUUUUUGUACGAGCACAUUCAACCAGUUCGAGCGGACUUAAUGCAAGCCUUAUGGAGAACACUGCACAACAACGAAGUUGCAAGGAUAGCGUUCAGAGUGCUAGGAAAGUUCGGUGGUGGGAACCGCAAAAUGAUGAUUGAACCUCAACGGCUUGAGUACCGCGAGACCGACGUGCCGCCGCCCUCUGUGCAAGCGUAUUUCCAAGAUCAAGCGAAACCGAUAGAUUUUGAAGUCGACAAAGUAAUCGAAACCGCUUUUUGUGCAUUAAAAUCAAGUACAACAGACCCAUUCUACAGAAAACAGUGCUGGGAAGUACUACGAUGCUAUCUAGCUGCGUCGCUGAACCUAGAUGACGAUAAAGCAACUUUACAAAAGCUAUUCAACCAUCCAAGUUUCUUGGACGGUCGUAUCCAAGUUCAAAACGGACCGUACUAUAAGUGUAGCAAUUCAAUCGUCAGGAACACGCAUCGCACUGCGUUAACAGGAAUGUUCGUGGCGGCCGCUAUCAAAGAGCUGCGACACCACGUCCUGCCGACCAUGGUCUCGCUCGUCAGGCAUUACACUAUGGUAGCAAUAGCACAAGAAGCGGGACCAUUUGUCGGAUCUAAUGCACCUAAGGAAGGUCUCGAUGCGUUAGUGUUGGUAGAUGCCAUCGCUGUCGUAAUGGGUCACGAGGAAAAAGAACUUUGUAAACCAGGACAUUUAGCUCUGCUACUAAUGAUCGAAACGGCUGCUACAGUACUGGGUACCAAAGAACGCGCGUGUCGCUUACCUCUAAUGGAGUAUCUCGCCGAACGUAUGUCGGCUCUGUGCUACGAACGUGCCUGGUAUGCUAAGUUUGGUGGCUGUAUAGCAGUCAAGUUUAUGGUCGAAAAGAUGGCCCCAGAGUGGGUAUACAAACACGUUUUCACAUUCUUGAAAGCUGUUUUGUUUGUGAUGAUGGACUUAACCGGAGAAGUGUCUUCCGGAGCGAUCGACAUGGCCACAAUGAACUUAGAGCGUCUUGUAAAAGUAUGUGUUACUAGCCACGGAAUACCGGGACAAUCGGAGUCUGAAGGCGAAGUGGCUGCGGCAAGAGCCAGAGCCCUACACGAUGUUUUGCAGGAACUCGUACUACAAGUCACAAGUCCGCAUCUUCUUGUUCGACAGCAGGCGAUGAAAUCUCUGGAACUAAUAGCCGAGUUACAAAAGAAGACUGUGACAGAAGUAAUGGAUCCGCACCGAGAUGUACUCGCAGAUAUCAUACCUCCCAAGAAGCAUCUGUUGCGUCAUCAGCCAGCGAACGCUCAAAUGGGUUUGAUGGAUGGAACAACAUUCUGUACAACAUUGAAGCCUCGAUUAUUUACCAUAGAUCUUAACAUUAACGAACAUAAAGUAUUCUUUCGUGAGUUGAUAUCUUUGUGUGAAGCUGAAGAUUCGAUGCUAGGGAAGCUACCUUGUUACAAAGGUGUCAACUUGGUGCCUCUACGCGCCUCUGCUUUGAGGGCUCUGGCGUCUUGUCACUACAUGCAAGAGAAACACUGCAGAGAGAAAAUAUUCCAAGUACUUUAUAAAUCUUUAGAGAAGAACGAUACGGAAUUGCAACAAGCUGGCUUUGAAUGUAUGCAGAAGUUCUUAUCCGGCUUUCAAAUCGACAUGGAGAUGGUCCACCCGGUGAUGCGGCCGCUGCUGCUGACCCUGGGCGACCACCGUCACCUCAGUGUGAACGGCGCAAAACGACUAUCGUAUUUGACGCAAUUAUUUCCCUCCACGUUCAGCGAGAAGCUCUGUGAGCAGCUUCUGCAGCUUCUGAAGAAGUUGCUGGAUUAUUCUAUACAAACAAAUAGGGGCGGAAAUUUCUUGCAAAGUGUUUCGAAGAACAUGGAGAACGAGCAAAAAAUCUUGAUUUUAAUUGGAAUAUUUCAUCAAAUACCAGCAGCAUCACCCCGCUUUAUUGACGUUCUUUGUCGCCUUAUAUUUCACACCGAAAAGUCUCUGAUGAUUGAAGCUGGUUCGCCUUUUAGAGAGCCACUGGUCAAAUUCCUUAUGAGAUACCCAAAAGAGACCCUGGAUUUAGUGCUGGGCGACAAUAAUAUAAAGGACCAGCAGUGGAGUCGAUUCCUGGUCUUCCUUAUCAGACAUCCCGAGGCUGGUCCCGCGUACAGAGAGGCGCUACAGACUUCUAAAAAGCCUCGUCUAAUGCAAUUGUUAGCGUCCAACUCGACCGCGACAGCCGCCCAACCUCAGCCAGAAAAAGCUGAAAUGCAAUUCCAGGCCGUCAGGGCUAUAUCGUUGCUGAUCAAAUAUGACGACCAGUGGCUGUCCACUCAGCAUGACUUGAUAGAAUUACUGAAACGCAUAUGGUACAGCGACAAGUACCAUGAAAUUCAUAAGAAAGUGGAAAUUGUGGAUUGCACUCAUUGGAAAGAACCAAAACUGAUUGUGAAGAUUUUGUUGCACUAUUUCUGUCAUCAUCCUAACAAUAUCGACCUCUUGUUUCAACUGCUGAGAGCGUUAUGCGAUCGUUUUGUGCCAGACUUCCAGUUCCUGCGAGACUUCCUGGAAAAUACAGUAGCACAAAAUUACACAAUCGAAUGGAAAAGGUCGGCGUUCUUUCGCUUCGUCGAACAUUUCUCUAACGACGCAAUGUCUCAGGAAUUAAAGGCGAAAGUCUUGCAGAUGAUUCUGAUUCCCUGUUUCGCUGUUAGCUUCGAGAAGGGGCAGAAAAUAGUCGGAGGCCCGCCGGCCCCAUAUCAGGACAACCCCGACAAUGUCGUCUCUGUGUUCAUAAAUAAUGUCAUAGAUCCAGAAAAUCCAUUCGCUUGUUCGGACGCGGUUCGCAUAUCCCUGCUCCAGUUCGCAUGCCUGUUGCUGGAGCAGGCGUCGGCUCACAUCCACGACGCUAAUAACAAGAAGCAAGGAAACAAACUCCGCAGGCUCAUGACCUUCGCCUGGCCGUGCCUCCUCGGGAAGAACUACGUCGAUCCAGCCACCAGAUACCAUGGCCAUUUGUUAUUGAGUCAUAUUAUUGCGAAAUUCGCAAUACACAAAAGAAUCGUUCUGCAAGUAUUUCACAGUCUGCUAAAGGCCCACGCGGUGGAAGCGCGUUCUGUGGUGCGCCAAGCGCUAGAGAUACUGACGCCGGCGAUGCCGCAGCGCAUGGAGGACGGCAACACGAUGCUAACGCAUUGGACCAAGAAGAUUAUUGUUGAGGAUGGACAUUCAGUGCAACAGCUCUUCCACAUACUGCAGUUGGUCGUGAGACAUUAUAAGGUGUACUACCCGGUGCGGCACGCGCUGGUGGGACACAUGGUGGGCGCCAUGCAGCGGCUCGGCUUCUCUGCGACCGCCUCGCUGGAGCACCGCCGGCUCGCCGUGGACUUGGCCGAGGUGGUGCUCAAGUGGGACCUGCAGCGCAUCCGGGACCACGCACUGCCCGACGACAACAUCGUGGCGACAUCUCCGGGCGGCGCCAUGAAGCGCGUGUCGUCCGAUGACGCGAGCUCGGAGGGUCGCAAGGCGUUGAACACGGGCUGGGCGAGCCCGCAGGCCAGCGCCUCCAGGCUCGAGCCCGACGCCGCCAAGCCGCUCGACAGACAACACGUAGAUGUCGUUGUCAACCUGCUACUGCGACUGGCUUGCCAGGUGUGCCAAACGAUGAACGAGGGUACCGUUUCCGGAAGCGGAGGUGCGACCGCAGGAGAGCAGCUAUCGCGAAGAUGCGUUCUUCUUCUUAAGACUGCUCUCAAACCCGACGUUUGGCCACACCUCUGCGAGCCUAAGCUUGCCUGGCUUGAUAAAGUUUUCUCAAGUGCAGAGACAAACGCGGCAUCAUGCGCCAAUGCCUGCACGGCGCUCGAGCUGCUGGUGUUCCUGCUGGGCGUGCUGCGUCGAGAUCAGAUCCUGGCGGCGCUGAAGCCGCUGCAGCGCGGGCUGGCCGCCUGCGUCGCGUCCACUAAUGCCAAAAUCGUGCGACUGACGCACAACUUGCUCGCCAAGCUUACCGCCAUCUUCCCUACGGAGCCCACGGGGGCCGCGCAAGCUUCUAAGUACGAGGAGCUCGAAACACUAUACGCGUGCGUGAGCAAGUACGCGUUCGAGGGUCUGGCGGCGUACGAGAAGACGGCGGGCAGCGGCACGGGCGGCACGUCGGGCGCGGGCGCGCUGCUGGGGCCGCUCAUGAUGCUGAAGGCGUGCUGCUCCUCCAGCCCCGCCUACAUCGACCGCCUGCUGCUCCCGCUCAUGCGCGUCCUGCAGCGCAUGGCUAGGGACCACGUCGCCACCAACCCCGAUGCAGCCAUAUCCGAUUUGUUGAUAUUGGCCUUAGACUUGCUAAAGGCUCGCGUUUCCGUGAUGCCGGGCGAUACGAAAAAAACCUUCAUAGGAACUGUUCUAGUUGGUCUUAUCGAAAAGACUACAGAUUCUAAGGUAAUGAAAGCGAUCAUUCGUAUGGUUGAGGAGUGGGUGAUGCACCGCGGCGCGACCACUAGCAGCGGGGCCGUACCUUCCCUGCGCGAAAAGUCAAUACUGCUCGUGAAACUAAUGCAAUAUGUCGAGAAACGUUUCCCUGACGACCUCGAGCUCAAUGCUCAAUUUUUAGAACUGAUCAACUACGUGUAUCGGGAUGAACAGCUGAAGGUGACGGAACUAUCCAUGAAGUUGGAGCCCGCUUUCCUGGCGGGUCUCCGUUGCCCGCAGCCACAGAUCCGCGCCAAGUUCUUUGAGGUGUACGACCAGAGCGUGCGGCGGCGCGUGUUCGACCGCCUGCUGUACGUCGUGUGCUCGCAGAACUGGGAGCACAUAGGACAACACUUCUGGAUUAAACAGUGCCUCGAACUGCUAUUGGUCACCUGUGCGCCCAGCACUCAAAUUCGUCUAUCGAAUCCAAAAUACUUGUUGCCGAGCAUAUCAUCGGUCAUCAAUCAAGCGGAUAGCGAGGACCGAAAGUCAUUCAUCAUCUUUAGCAGCGUUAAAGAAGAAUCAUCCGACGGAUUUAGCGAUUCCCUCGAUCCCGACAAGGAGGACGUGCUGGAUAUGGAUUUAGACGCGAGUUCCACUCAUAAAGAAGAUUUCACUAAGAAUGUUCCAAACAGACAGCGAUCGCUAAACCAGAUAGUGGCAAAGCAAUCGGAGUUCCUGGAACUGGCGCGUCGCGUCCGCGCCGAGCAGCUGCUGGCGGCCUCCGCGCAGCUCUGCCACAUGGACGACACGCUCGCGCACCACGUGUGGCUCGCCCUGCUGCCCGCGCUCUGGGCCACGCUCGACGAACGACAGCUCACGACGCUGAUCAACGAGGUUGUUCCUUUCAUCAUAUCUGGCGUGCACGUGAUUCAACGCGAUCAGCCCGUCAGCGCCCUCAACACGUUCAUAGAAUCCCUCGCUCGAUGUAAUCCUCCCAUCAGCAUCAAACCCCCUAUGAUGAAGUAUUUGGGAAAAACGCACAACCUCUGGCAUCGUAUGACACUGAAUCUCGAGCAGAUGGCCAUCGAGCAGGCCGGCGGGCGGGUUCAAAGGGACCAAGCAGAAAUAUAUGAUUACGACGUAGAAGUGACGACGCCGACUGAAAUUUUAGAUUCACUCAGCGAUAUGUAUGAGUUAUUACAAGAAGAGGAUAUGUGGUCUGGUCUUUGGCAGAAGCAUUCAAGGUACCGCGAAACUAAUAUCGCAAUCGCCUAUGAACAACAAGGCUUCUUCGAACAAGCUCAAGCUGCAUACGACGUCGCUAUGGCCAAGCUGAAACAAGACUAUGCGACAAACCCAUCCUCUUACAGCAUGCACAAAGAGUGCACUAUUUGGACCCAACAUUGGCUGAAGUGUGCCAAAGAGUUAAACCAAUGGGACUCUUUACUUGAGUUAGGACUAAGCAGAAGCGGUCGCGAUCCAUUCUUGAUUCUGGAAAGUUCAUGGCGUAACCCUAACUGGACUACAAUGAAAGAAGCUUUAGCUGAAGUCGAAUACAAUUGCCCUAAGGAAUUGGCGUGGGUAGUAAACCUGUACCGCGGGUACCUGUGCAUAUGCGCGGGCGGCGCCGAGCAGCUGGGCGGCGUGGAGCGGCACGCGGAGGCGGCGGCGGCGCAGUGUCUGCGCGAGUGGCGCCGCCUGCCGCGCCUCGUGUCGCACGCGCACCUGCCGCUGCUCCGCGCCGCGCAGCAGCUCAUGGAGCUCAGCGAGGCCGCGCAGAUACACACCGGCUUGGUGCACAGCCGGCCGACGUCCCUGCACGACAUGAAGGCGAUAGUGAAGACGUGGCGCAACCGGCUGCCCGUGGUGGCGGACCCGCUGUCGCACUGGGGCGCCAUCUUCACGUGGCGGCAGCACCACUACCAGUUCAUCGCGUCGCACUACGACUCGCAGCCGGACCACGCCUCCAAUCACAGCAUGCUUGGCGUCCAUGCCAGCGCUCAGGCCAUUAUUCACUUUGCGAAAAUAGCUAGAAAACAUAACCUAUCUGGAGUGUGUCUGGAUUCCCUACACAGAAUUUACACAAUACCGAGCGUACCGAUCGUUGACUGCUUCCAAAAGAUAAGGCAACAAGUCAAAUGUCACAUUCAGAUGUCAUGGACCGAGGGCAAAGAUGAGCUCCAGGAAGGAUUGGAUAUGAUCGAAUCAACUAACUUCAAAUAUUUCACUAAAGAAAUGACGGCCGAGUUUUAUGCUUUCAAAGGAUUACUUCUAGCGCAGCUGGGCCGCUCCGACGACGCGAACAAAGCGUUCGCCGCCGCGGUGCAGCUGCACGACACGCUCGUGAAGGCCUGGGCGCUGUGGGGCGACUACUUGGAACAGAUAUUCAUCCGCGACCCGCGACAGAUCUCCGUAGGCGUCUCCGCCAUGACUUGCUUCCUGCACGCGUGUCGUCAUCAAAAUGAAUCCAAGUCUAGAAAAUAUUGUGCCAAGGUGUUAUGGAUGCUGAGUUUCGACGACGAAAAGAAUAGUCUCGCAGAAGCAUUAGAUAAAUACUCAGUCGGAGUCCCGCCUGUGCAGUGGCUGCCCUGGAUACCGCAGCUGCUGGCCUGCCUCGUGCAGUACGACGGCAAUGUUAUACUCAACCUGCUCAGUCAUGUUGGUCGAUUAUAUCCACAAGCCGUAUACUUCCCAAUCCGAACUCUGUACUUAACGUUGAAGAUUGAGCAGCGAGAGCGUCACAAAACAGCCGAGAGCAUUGCACAUUUACCGCAUCAACCUACCACGUCUGGAAGCAGCAAGGCCAACGAGGGCGCCAGCACGUCCAGCGGCGAGGCGGGGCCCAUCCGCGCCACGCUGCCCAUGUGGCGCUGCUCGAAGAUCAUGCAGCUGCAGCGUGAAAUACAUCCCACUGUUCUCUCCUCCCUCGAGGGAAUCGUCGACCAGAUGGUAUGGUUCCGCGAGAACUGGUACGAGGAGGUGCUGAGGCAGCUGCGCGCGGGGCUGGCCAAGUGCCUGGUGGUGUCCUUCCACCACCGUGCCGCCGUCGCAGACGCCACCGUCACGCCACACACGCUCAACUUCAUCAAGAAGGUCGUCUCUACCUUCGGCAUCGGCAUCGGCAUCAAAAGUGUUACAAGUACUGUAAGUGGGUCAUUCUCUUCAGCUGCAUCGGAGAGUCUCGCCCGUCGCGCCCAGGCCACCGUGCAAGAUCCCGUGUUCCAGAAAAUGAAAACUCAGUUCACUGCCGACUUUGAUUUCUCGCAACCGAACGCUAUGAAGCUGCAGAAUCUCAUACAGAAGCUGAGGAAGUGGGUGAAGAUUCUCGAAGCCAAAACUAAAGUCUUACCUAAGUCAUUCCUCAUCGAGGAAAAAUGCAGGUUCCUAUCGAACUUCAGCCUUAAAACGGCCGAAGUGGAACUGCCCGGCGAGUUCCUGCUGCCGAAGCACACGCACUACCACGUCCGCAUCGCGCGCUUCAUGCCGCGCGUCGAGAUCGUGCAGAAGCACAACACGUCGGCGCGCCGCCUGUACAUUCGCGGCCACAACGGGAAGAUCUACCCGUACCUCGUCGUCAACGACUCCGGACUGGGCGACGCCAGGCGAGAGGAGCGCGUCCUGCAGCUGCUCAGAAUGCUGAAUCACUACUUGGGGAAACAGAAGGAGACCUCCCGCCGCUUCCUCCACUUCACCGUGCCCCGCGUCGUGUCCGUCUCGCCACAGAUGCGUCUAGUCGAAGACAAUCCUAGUUCGAUAUCUUUAUUGGAUAUUUACAGGACGGAGUGUGCGAACAGAGGUGUAGAGUACGACGCACCCGUGGCCCGGUACUACGAGCGGCUGGCGGCGGUGCAGGCGCGCGGCUCGCAGGCCUCCCAUCAAGUGCUCAGAGACAUAUUACGAGAGGUCCAAGCCACGAUGGUGCCGAAGGGAAUGCUCCGCGAGUGGGCGGGGGCGACGUUCGCCGCGCCCACCGACUACUGGACGUUCCGCAAGAUGCUGACCCUGCAGCUGUCGCUGUCCAGCUUCGCGGAGUACGUGCUGCACCUCACGCGCCUCAACCCCGACAUGAUGUACGUGCACCAGGACUCGGGACUCUUGAACGUUUCCUACUUCAAGUUUGACGUCGACGACACAACAGGUGAAUUAGACGGGAACAGGCCCGUUCCGUUCCGCCUCACGCCCAACAUAGCCGAGCUGUUGACGAACAUCGGCAUCACGGGCCCUCUCACCGCGUCGUCUAUAGCCAUCGCAAGAUGUCUCGUGACACCUAAUUUCAAGAUUCAAUCCAUAUUACGCACGAUACUUCGCGACGAAAUGGUGACCGGCUAUAGAAAACGAUUGGAAGAUAAAUCCGGUAUGCCAUCAGCGGGAACGUCGACGGAGAACAAACCAGUCGAAAUGGAUAACGAAACCAUAAUAAAUAUGGUGAACAAGGCCGUGACGGUCAUCAUGAACCGACUCAACUCUCUGGCGUCGUUCGACGGACCCGACAGCAAGGUGGCAACCCUAGUCGCGGCCGCCAACAGCCACGACAACCUUUGCCGAAUGGAUCCCGCUUGGCAUCCGUGGCUCUAAAGACGUAUCGACACUAUAAACCGAAAGUUUUUUUUAUCUGUGUUUUAGUUUUAUAUGCAUACUCUUUAAGUAAAAUGUACUGACUUUUAGCUAAAGUAAAUUUAGAUUAUGAAAAACUAUUGCCUAAUUUUUUUUAGCGUUUUCUUCACACUUUAAAAUAAACUGAAAGGGGAAUGCCCACUCUCCAUAGUGUGCUGGGCCCAAGAUGGAAUCAAAUAUUACUAUAAAAAUUGACUGUUUCAAAUUCUUAAAUGUAUUAGAUAUCUAAAAAUAUAUUGAAAUUGACGCCACUAUUAUAAAAAUUUAAUAAAAAAUAGUUUUGAGGUUAAUUUUCUAUAUAAAUAAGUGUCGGAUUGUGAGAUACUUAAAGAACAUAUCUUUUCUUAAUGUUUAAUUUAUUAAUUAUGGUAAGAGAGAUGUUCCUAAGGUAUUUUUAUCCAAUGUAUGGUUUUGAAUCUCGUCAGGUUAAAAUCACAAUUCACACGUUUUUCAGUCGUAGUAUGAAAUGUUAAUGAUCGGUAUCCAUAAUCGAAUGUAGCUGUGAUCCUUAACUCCUGAGCCAAAGUCGUCGUUGAAAGAUAAAAUCCAUAAAACAAAGCCAGUAAAAUAAAUCGAAGAAAAAUCAAAACAUCCAUUUUGAACGUAAGCACAAGCAGCAAGCGAACUGCGAAGUGUCAGUCAUUCAGAUUAAAUUCAGUGUUGUCAGUAUAACGAAAAAUAAUUACAUUAAAUUCAUAUUUCGAUAAUUUUUUUAAAUAGCCCUAAGUUGAUUUAAUUUUCUUAAUCUUUUUUUUGCGAGUACACAUUAUUUUUUAUGUUUUUGUUGUAGUUGUACAUAUUUAAAUAACAAUACUAGUAAAGUUUUUUUUUUAUUCCUUAGAUGGGUGGGCGAGCUCACAGCCAACCUGGUGUUAAGUGGUUACUGGAGCCCAUAGACAUCUUCAACGUAAAUGCGCCACCCACCUUGAGAUAUAAGUUCUAAGGUCUCAAGUAUAGUUACAAGUUAAAUUCCAAUGGGUAUGUCUUUAAUGUUAUUUUAUGUGCUUAUAAUCGAUUAAAAUCGAUUUAUUAACUCAUUAAUGUAAUAUAAAACAUAUAAAUAAAACAUUUUAAGUAUUCUCAAAUACUGAUAAUGUUUUAUUUACAUAAUUAAAAUGUUUACUUAAUACUUAAAAGGUUUUGAUGCUGGCAAUAUUUUUCCCGCAAAAAUCAAAAACCUUGAUUUUUCAAUAGAGUUACUUUUUUUAAACUACUUAUUGUAAGCUGUAGUGGCGCUCAUUUGGAAGAAAGUAAAUGCAUAUUUAUUUAUGACAAAAUUAAUGCACUAAGUAUUUUUUCUCUAAUCUAUUGUCCGCUUUGGGCCUGAAAUGGGCAUUCCCCUUUUGGUAUUUGAAAUGGAAAUAUUUUCAUUGGCGGUGGCAUUGGUGUCAACUAAUGAAAUCUGCCUAUCUAGUAUUACACUAAUUUCUACCUACGUGGACUACAGAAUAUGGCACGCAGAUGGAGACCCGUGCUCAACAUGAACUGUAGCCUAAAUUCUUUCCCAGAUUUCCAAACUAUUUCUAUUUUUAUUUCUAUUACUAUAUUUCGUCAAAAUCGGUUCAGUAGUUUAAGCGUGUAAAUGUAAGAGAAGCUUGAUGUUGAUAUGCGAACAUGAAAAGAGUCUUCGACAAUAGGCGGCUGCUUGGCUGUGGACCCGGCAUUGUGUUAGGUGGAUCCAGUCUCUAUAUAUAUAUAAUACAUAUGUAAUAUAGCUUGCAUAUACAAGUUACGAACAACAACUCUUGAACCGUAGGUCUACUGAGGAAUAUCACACUCUCGGUAGAAGAUCUUCCCUUUGUCAUUAAACCAUCACCAAAUUACCUUUAUACUUUUUAAGUUAGCUUCACAUUUGUAUACUAUCACCCAAAGUUAUGUACCUAUCCAAUUUUCACUAUUUAUGACUAUAAAUACAUAUAUGUAUAUACCAAGCGGUUUAAGCUUAUAUAAUAUAUUAUAUCUAUUUGUUAAGUGUACAUAUAUCUUACUUAAAAGUCUACUGUCACGUGUCGCAUCCCAUCAUCGCCUCUAAACCUACGUUUUCAUAUUAUGAUUAAGAGCAAUGUUCAAGAAAUCGGUGAAUAAAAAAUCAAUUAUGUAUUCAACUAUAGCAAUUGAUAUUUGAAGCAAUAAUGCAAUUCUAUGUCUUGUGAGAAAAAUAAAUAGAAACUGAUGUAUAAAACUCUUGAGUACAUACAUAUUUUGAAAUUUUGCAUUUAAUCCCGAUUGGUCAUUUCGUGAUGAAUAUUUUAUCGAUUUAAAAUUAGAAUUAUCAAUGUUAAUUAACAUUAAAAAAGAUGUAAAAGUAAACAAA